AUGACCGUCAGCCAGGAGCUAGUUGACUUCUAUACAACGCUACGCCACUAUCAUGCUUAUUACGAAAUAACGUUGGCCGCCAUCUCUUUGAGUCUGAACGGAUUCGUAGUUUAUAUGGCCAUGACGACGCGAAAUCGAGUAAUGCGAAGUUACUGUUGGGUGGUAUUGAUGAGCAUGUUCGCGGACAUUGUCUACGUUUCGACCAAUCUGACUUCAAUGAUGGUAUAACACCAUUUCCCUAUAAGAUAUGAAAUCUUCGAUAUUUUUCAGGUGGUCGAAGUGAAAGGAGGCCUCAUGUACUUCAUUACUCUCGGGCCAUUCAGCCAUUAUCCAAACCCCGCCGGCAAGGUGAUGGGCGCCCUUUUCUUGACCGGCCUCUAUAUGGUCAUUGCCACGUUGGGAAUGCAGUUCGUCUACCGCUACUACGCGCUGUGCAAGACACCUUUGACCUUGACUCAAUUCUCUCUAAUUUAUCUUGUUGUUACUGUGUAUUGUGUAAGCGACGCCGCCAUUGGUGGGUUUAUUUUUGAUGGGGAAGAUGUGGAAAGAACGAGGAUGAUACAAGAACACCCCAUGUACACGCACAACACUCCAACCUACAUGAUUGUUGAUCCGGUAGGGGCUUUGUCAGUGGCAUUACAAAACGUGGACCCCCGAAGAGUCACACAGCUCUUGUUUUCAGCGGAAACCCAGCCAUAGUGUCCACCUCGUCUUUAGUCAGCUGAUUGUUGUAGUGGUGUAUGUUGUGGUCAUCUAUACGAGUAGAAAGAUCAAUGAGAAGCUAAAGAAAGCUUCAGAGACCAUGAGUAGUUCAACCAGAGAUGCUCAAAGACAACUCAACAGAGUUAUGAUUUUACAGGUGGGUCAAAUACAUACGUCAUCUAUAGCCUUGUUAAAUUGGAAAUGUCAGGAAUUGAAUCUUUUCCAGGCUACCUAUCCGGCGAUCAUCGUCGGCUGUCCGGUUCUAAUGGCCACAGGCUUUACCCAGCUUCAUCUGGAUAUUCUUUGGUGUGGGUUAUACCUAGUGCCAAGCGUUUCUCUCAUCCCGAUUGCCAACUCCGUGACAAUGAUUCUUGUCAUUCCCGCAUUCCGAAAACGAUUACUGAGCUGUCUCUCACUUCGAAAGGUUAAAGUAAAGUCUUCUGGAGCAUUUACCACGACCGAUAUAACAAGAAAGACGACGGAAACGCCAUCGCAAAGUCGGAUGGAACCGAAUGAAACCCAUCUGAUUUGA